CGCAGGGGAGCGGCCGGCACAGGCGGCAGUUGUCGGGUUCGACUGGAGCGGCGGAGGAGUCACCUGCGAGCGGCUGCCCUGGCAGCCCGCCCGCCCGCCGCGUCCGGAUCGCGCUGGCUGCGCGGGGCCGCGGACCGCACACACCCUGGGAGGCCCGGGCGGGGGAGCAGGCAGAGCCAGUGCCCGGCUUCCGCGACGAGGAGGAAUCGGACCUUCGCCGCCGGCGUCCGCGCCCGUCUGGAUCUAUCUUAUUCUCAAGAAUUAUGAUUAAGAAUGUGUCACAACUUGGUCAACCAGUUCCUCUUGAUGGACAUUUGGGGCUUUCUCAAUUUUUCUCCUGUGCUGUGUUGAUUAUCCUUGCUAUUAGGAAAAGAUGGUGGAUCGCUUGGCAAACAGUGAAGCAAAUACUAGACGUAUAAGUAUAGUGGAAAACUGCUUUGGAGCAGCUGGUCAACCCUUAACUAUACCGGGACGGGUUCUUAUUGGAGAAGGAGUAUUGACUAAGUUGUGCAGAAAAAAGCCCAAAGCAAGGCAGUUUUUCUUAUUUAAUGAUAUUCUUGUAUAUGGUAAUAUUGUCAUCCAGAAGAAAAAAUAUAACAAACAACAUAUUAUUCCCCUGGAAAAUGUCACUAUUGAUUCCAUUAAAGAUGAGGGAGACUUAAGGAAUGGAUGGCUUAUCAAGACACCAACUAAAUCAUUUGCAGUUUAUGCUGCCACUGCUACUGAGAAAUCAGAAUGGAUGAAUCACAUAAAUAAAUGUGUUACUGAUUUACUCUCCAAAAGUGGGAAGACACCCAGUAAUGAACACGCUGCUGUCUGGGUUCCUGACUCUGAGGCAACUGUAUGUAUGCGUUGUCAGAAAGCAAAAUUCACACCUGUUAAUCGACGUCACCAUUGCCGCAAGUGUGGUUUUGUUGUCUGUGGGCCCUGCUCUGAAAAGAGAUUUCUUCUUCCCAGCCAGUCUUCUAAGCCUGUGCGGAUUUGUGACUUCUGCUAUGACCUGCUUUCUACUGGGGACAUGGCCACGUGCCAGCCUACUAGAUCAGACUCUUACAGUCAGUCAUUAAAGUCUCCUUUAAAUGAUGUAUCUGAUGAUGAUGAUGAUGAUGAUAGCAGUGACUAAGGACACAUUUUGAAAUAUUUAAUUAAUUGGGUGUGACUAUCUAAGAAAUCAGCUUUAGGGGAAAUGUAAAAUUAUGAGCUCUCUCUUAAUUUUGCUCUAGCCAUGAAUUUGCCUGAGAAACUUGUAACCUACAUGUGCCUCAAUAUAUUCUAUAGAAAGUAGUUUCCCCUGCCUUUUCCUUCCUCACACUCUUCUACAGGGAUAGACUUUUACAACUAUAUCAUAUAAAUUUUUUGUUUCUUGUUUAUUUCUAGAUUGUUUUCUUGGAAGGUUUGGAAAAGAUGUUUAUUUAACAAAUCAUGUACUACAUUGUUGUUUUCAUUUCUUUUAUAUGGAAAAACUAAAAGCACAGAAUGAUGAGAAAUGGCGUGCAAGGUGGUUAAUUAAUACUGUUAUUAGCGUUUUUCUAACCAGCUUUUCUAAUGGUCAAGACACCAGUAACAAAAAUACAUGAUUUGGAAAUUCUUUGUUUGGCUUUUUCAUAUACCUAGUGGUGCCUUAUCAUAAUAGCACUGUUACAUGAAAUAAGCCCCUACCUUCUCACUUUUUGGUUUGUUUAAAAAAUACACUGGUGCUCUUUGAAGUGAAGAGUGUUUAUGAAUGGAUAUAAUUAGGAAAUACUUCUCAUCUGAUAGCUACAAAUAACUAAAUUUAGAGGUAUUUUCAUUCUGUAUGAAUACAUAUUUUUCCAUAAAAUAGUUGUGAUUAUAUUUUUAUGUUUUAUAGGUUUCAAAUUAUAAUUGUCAAAUAUAUAUUUUAAAUUAAUAAUAGGUUUUCAUUCUUAGGAAUUUGGUUUGAAAUUUAUCAGUAAUAUAGAAUUGCCAUAUUGCAUUAGCUUCUACUUUUGGUAAGACUUAUUUUUAGAUAUAAAUUCAUCUGCUUUAACAUUUCUAGAAUGGAAAUCUUCCUAUAAAACCCUUGAAAAUAAACAAUCUCUUUAAAAAAAAAUCACACGAUAGAGCACAGAUUUACUUAGGUUUGAAGAUUUGGAAGAAAUAAUACGUAGUCAAAGUUUGACUAGACUUCGUAUCUGAUUAUCUAUUUCAGUGUGAAACUAUCUUGAAUUUACAAAUAUAGUGUUAUAUUUUAUAAAGUUUUGUAAAGUCCCAAAUAAUAUUUCUAUUUUUGUAAAACAGUUGUAUGUGUAAUCUGUUUCUGAAAUAAUUUUGCGAUCUAUGGAAAUAUGGUAGCAGUUGAUAUUUCUAAAUUGUGAAAUUUAAGUCAGUGUAGAUUUAUUUUGAGAAGUAGUAAUUUUUCAUUCUUUGCUUUUGAGGCAGCCAUUAGGUUGAAAGUAUAUUUAUCAUAUAAAACUUGAUGCAUUUUGCACUACUCUCUCCAUUUCUAUGCUGCAAAUAACUACAGUCUUUGAAAUAUGGAAAAUCAGCAAUCUAAAGUUUGUUUUAAAUUCUAAAUUAAAAAAUAUUUAAAUUUGAAUAUACUGCAAAUGUCAUGAGAGGUUUGAUUCAAUACCUUGUGACGGAGGAUUCUUUGUUAUCUUACUGUUUGGUUAAGGCACUAAUUUUAUUUUACUGUUAAAUUUUGGAAAGCAUCUGAGUUAUACAGAUCUCCCUGUAGGAAAUGUGAAAGAAAAGCACAACAGAACUAGGGGGUUUUUUGUUUUGUUUUUUCAAUAUCAGAUGGGCUUUUGUUUCUAAGCAAUAUAUACAUAUAAUCAAUCAACAUAUCUGAAAAGGACCAUGAAACCUGAGAAAUGCUAAUGGAGACUUGCUGGUCCAUAGGAAACUAGGAAAUUCAGGAACUAAGGGGAAAUUUUCUGAGAUAAAAUUUGCAUUGUCAAGCUCAAUGUCAACUUCUAUUGACUGUUUUUACAAUAAAAAAUAUUUUAGAACUUGC